UAAAAAGCCUUCAUUUCUUUUGUUGUUGGGGUUUUGUUUUCUCUUCCGAUCAUUACGCUAACCAAAAGGAAAACCGCUAACGUUGAUUUCUUUGUAAUAAAAGAAAAUAAACAAUAACCCAAUUUUCAAAAAAAAAUAAGGGGGAGGGGAGGGGAGGGACAAAGGAGUGGGGAACCAGGGAGAUCUUGUCAGAUCGGCAAGGGGAGCUGGUAAUUCAAGGGUCAUGGGUAGGGAAAUUGUUGGUGAUGUACUGGAGAAGCCAAAUGAUCUUGUAGUGGUUUUAAAUGGCGUUUCUCAUGAAAAAGCCCAUGUUUCCCCCAAAAUUUCAGAAGAAAGUAUUGAUUUGGAGGAAUACGAAGAGAAGGAAUCGAGCGAGGAGAAUUUGUUUCCCGAAAACUAUCAAGAAACCGACCACGAUGUUGCAGCCAUCAAAAGCUCUAACCUUGAUGCCAGUGUGCCUGCACCUGUGACCAUGCCCGUGCCUGCACCUCCACCUCCACCUGCACCUGCACCCACGCCUGCAGCUGUGCUUGUGCUUGAGGAGAAGAAGAAGGAGGAGAGAACUGUAGCACAAAAAAUCAGUGACUUCAAUAAGUCUAUUUCACCUGGGACUGUAGCUGUUACUCCAAAAAUAAUGAGGGUGAACCACAAGAUUCAACAGCCACCCGUGCAGGAACCGGAGAAAGCAGUCAUGUGCUCACAAACCAUUGAGACCGAGCCUACUUCGACUACAGUUCCUGUCGUUGAGGCAUCACCAAAUACUAUUGAAUUGCAGCCUCCCAGCCCUGAAAAGAACUCGCAUCCAAACUCGCCUCAAUCAUCGAGUAAAUCUUCACAGAACGAUCUUACGAAACAUCAUGAAGAAGAUCACUGGUCCAUUGCCUCCUCUACUGUUCAAUCUAUUCGACAACUAAAAUCUAAAGUAACUAUCGGAAUGGCUCCUACAUUUAGAUCGGCUGAACGUGCUGGUAAAAGGAAGGAGUUCUAUAACAAGUUGGAGGAGAAACACAAAGCUAUGGAGGCAGAGAGAGUCCAAUACGAAGCACGAAUUAAGGAAGAGCAAGAAGCAGCAAUCAAGCAGCUUAGGAAAGGAUUAGUGAUCAAAGCAAAUCCAGUGCCCAGUUUCUAUUAUGAAGGACCACCACCAAAGACUGAACUAAAAAAGUUACCAUUAACUAGGCCAAAGUCUCCAAAUCUAACUCGAAGGAAAAGCUGUGGUGAUUCGAUGAACUUUAGCAUAGAGGAAAAAGGAAAACUAUGCACCCGAGGACAACGCCAUAGCUUUAGUAGUCAGAAAUCAGAGGAAUCAACUAACGGCGUAGCCCGCAAAAGCAAAGCACAAGUGAAUGGGCAAAGCCACAACAAUGAAUCUUUUAAACAUAGAAACCAUGUGAAGCGCGACAGAGAGACCAAAAAAACAACUUUUGCAACAACUGAUCCACACACAAGUAAUGUAGAUAUCCCCAUUCAGUCAUGAACAUUUAAUUUCUCCUUAAUGUGAACUAAGAAAAAGGAAAAAAGAAGAAGAAAAAAAAGAGGGGGGAGCAAAGAAAGAAAAAGCUUUAUCUUUCAGUUGCUAGUUGUUUCGUUACCUAAAAGAAAAUAGCUUCUUUUCUUUUCUUUUUACAUCUAAUUACUUCACUGAGUGAGUUGUGCUAAUAUGAAAUGUAUAUGUUUUUCUUUUCUUUUCUUUUCUUUUCGUUUCUUUUCUUUUCUUUUUUUUCCCAUGAAAGUUAUAAUGAUUUUUUAUGUUAUACAUAUAAGGGAGAUUUUGAUUCAGUGUGUGGACUAUUGUGUAUACACAGAUACAGAUAUACUUUUGCUUUCUA